GACGAGGCGCUCGUUGGGUGGUGCACCUGCUGAGAGUAGGGCGUGAACGGAGUCUGGUGCCACUGACUCUCAGAUCCUCGGGCUUGGACUUGUGAGAGCGAAGGGAGCGCCAGCUUAACGGUUUGGGCGGUUGCUAUCGUGGAAACGCUCCGUUUGCUCAGGUCAUAAAUUGCAAUUGAUUCCGGACGAGGUUCGAAUCCGAUAAAGACGCCGGAAGCAAAGCACUGCAGUAUCAGACGCCAGUGAAGUCGUUAAUGCGCUGCAGUCGUCAAAAGUCAUAAAAAUCGUAAUAAUUCGUGAGCUUCGUUGUCGUUAAGGAACUGUUUCCUCAGCACCUCGCAACCCUACAUGAGAUGGUCAGUAUGUGAUGACCGCAAGCAUUGUGCAAGCUGCGACUACGGACGCACCCUGGGAUCUAAAAGAUGCAAUGCAUGCAGAGGGACGGUUCGAAACUUGCAGUGGUGGGGAGGUGGAAGAGAAGAUAGCUGCGGAGGUGGUUGGGGGAUGCAGCCGUGCUUGCACGCUAACCGGCGGGAGAGCUGAUAGCACUAGGCAAAAUCGGAUGUUCACAAAGGUGGUGUGGUGGAGGCAGAGAAGUGACUUACCUUUACGUGGACAAGAAGGCCGGCUUGAGGUUUUGCGGCAAUCGGGAUGCGCUAUAGAGAGCUCCGUUUGCACCGCGGUGAGCUGUGUCCGGUCGGUCGGUUGCUCGUUCGCAGCAGUAGAGAGGCUCCAACGCACAAAGCUGCGGGGCUGGCGCUCUCUGCCGCUACUGCUUGUCUGGCCGUGUGUCUUGGAUCGAUGCAGCGGGCCGAGGCGUUGUGCGGUAGUUGUCUGCGAGCUUGUGUGAAGUUGCAGACCUGCAGCAGAUUUGGCAGUCUAAGGACUAUGCAGGUGAAUGCAGCGUUCGAAAGGCGCGGCGGAAGAUGGAGUCUCGGUUCUUGAUGAGACACAAGAAAGAGGCGCCAAGUUUGCAGGGGUGUCGAGUAGGCGCUGGGGUGGGGCGGUGGCUUGCCGAGUCCAGCUUUCAGGAAUGCUGCCGUUUC